AUGAGUGACGGAGGUAGUUAUGGGGCCUUGCUGGCCAGGAGGAGAGUAGGCCGGCUCCAGAACAGGGACCAGGCCUGGGCGGCGGCUGCAGUCUCUGAGGAAGAAGGUGAGGAGGAGGAGUACAGCUUCGAGUACGGCUCCCCCAAAUUCCUGCUGCUGUGUGGCCUGGGCGGCAUGCUGAGCUGCGGGCUGACGCACACCCUCAUCGUGCCGCUGGAUCUGGUCAAGUGCCGCAUGCAGGUGGACCCGGCCAGGUACCGCACCAUCCUGGGCAGCUUCGGCCUGACGCUGCACGACGACGGGGUGCGAGGCCUGGCCCGAGGUUGGGCGCCCACCUUCCUGGGCUACUCCCUGCAGGGCUUCUUCAAGUUCGGCCUGUACGAGGUGUUCAAGAUCCGCUAUGCCGAGCGCCUGGGGCCCGAGAAGGCCUACGAGUGGCGGACCGGCCUGUACCUGGCGUCCUCGGCCAGCGCCGAGUUCUUCGCCGACAUGGCCCUGGCACCCCUGGAGGCCCUGAAGGUGCGCAUGCAAACGCAGCCCGGCUAUGCUCGCACCCUGCGCACUGCACUGCCCCGCAUGUACGAGGAAGAAGGCCUGCGGGCCUUCUACAAGGGCGUGGCACCCCUCUGGAUGCGCCAGAUCCCCUACACCAUGAUGAAGUUCGCCUGCUUCGAGCGCACCGUCGAGGCCCUCUACAAGUACGCCGUGCCCAAGCCGCAGAGCCAGUGCACCAAGGGCGAGCAGCUGGCCGUCACCUUCCUGGCCGGCUACAUCGCAGGCAUCUUCUGCAGCGUCGUGUCGCACCCGGCCGACUCGGUGGUGUCGGUCCUCAACAAGGAGAAGGGCAGCUCGGCCCUGAGCGUGCUCCGACGCCUAGGCUUUCGGGGCGUGUGGAAGGGCCUCUUCGCGCGCAUCCUGCUCGUCGGCACCCUCACGGCGCUGCAGUGGUUCAUCUACGACUUCGUCAAGGUCACCCUCAAGCUGCCUCGGCCCCCCGCCAUCCAGGAGCCCCCGACUAUGACUCCGACUCCUGACAGAGACAUCAGUAGCCGAGCUGGUGCGCAGAGCGGGCCAGGCCGCCGCCCAUGUGUCUGA